AUGGAUUUUGCACAUAAUACGAUCGAAUAUGCCAAGUCUUAUAAGGCUUCACGCGAAGUUGCUGAAAUACGUGAUGUACCAGAAUCACAUUAUGUUUGUCAGUGGUGGAUCCAACACUUCGACGGAAUCAAACCUGAAACUAAGUCUGUUGUGUCCACCCAAUUCCGGAAAAAACAUCGUGAUCACAUUAGAUGGAAUGGUGCGUUGCUACCUUUUCGUCGAUCUGGUUUAUGGAUGACAAUUAAAGUUGUUUUUCAGACCAUUCUAAGCAAAUGUUUGGGGGACGUUGGUACCAUUGUUUAUAAACUAUUGAUCACUCAUUUUCUCGCUCAUAUCAUCAUUCGCACAAGACCAAACUCGACCGACUUACUAGUCCAUUGCAUUCGAAAAAUCGUACGUCGAUUAAACAAAAUUGAAGGCUUGUUGACUUCUAUCAAUACAAACGACGUGAAAAACGAAUGGAUUCAACACAUGAAACAAGAAAUACAAACAAGUAUUGACUCAAUUUUUCCAAAACUAGAUUGGCAAAAACAAGUUACGCUCAAUGAAAAUAUUCAUCCAAAGUUGAUUUUGAAGAAUUUAAUAAUUGAUGAUCCUGGAAUUUAUCAGCAUCCAUGUAUAAAACUGCAAGAUUACUUGACUAAUCAAAGGUCAAGCGACAUAUCUGAACGUUUUACAGGUGUAAGCAACUAUUACAAAUUUUCAAACGUUAUUGAAGCAGACUAUGUACCGUCAUACGAUGUGUUAACAACAAAACUGAAUUAUACGAUUGGAGUAGCCUUGACGCGCAUGGAAGUUUGGGUUGAAUCAAGUUUAGAGCAAUGGAUAAAUCAUCCAUCAAUAUUUUUAAGUGGGAAAAAUCGUUUUGAAAUUUUAGUACGAUUCUAUGAAGAAUAUCAGAGCAGGGCUCUAAACCAUUAUUGGCCGAAUAAUGGUCUAACAGAUCCCAUCGGUUACAGUCGAUUCAUCUUAACAUCGUUAACAGUAAUUCGAGCUGCACAUAAAAAAUUAUGUAAAGAUGAUGGACUCGAACGGCUCAAACUGCAUUCUAUUAAAAUUCCCUAUCUUAUAAAACUGUUUGAAUUUUUAGUCUUACCAAACCGAGAAGAUAUGAUUAGAACUCAUGAUCUUUACGAUUACUUUCAUCAUUUCGAUAACAGGGAUUUUCCUGAUCUGUUAACAGAUAUCAAAUCUGAAAAUGCAUUUGGAGUAUAUUUUGCCGGUCAAACGCCGUCGAUGAACGAAAGUAUACAGCAGAUUCAAGCUCAAGCUGUUCGGGAUGAGCAAGAUAAAAUAAAGGAAGUGAACGAUGCCAAAGAAAAAUAUAGACAACUUAAGAAUUCUGUAAGCCGUCUCUCCUGUAGUUGCAGCUAUGAGUAUAGGCACUGGACCACAUGUGUAAAAUGUCGAGUUGACGCACAAGCGAACAGAAUUCAAGUGAAAAUUUUCGAACGUCCAAUACCAUUACUGCGCAAUGAUGCAUUGGCUGUUAUUUUUGAAUUACAAAUGCCAAUUGAAAUUAGAUGUUAUCGAGAGAUUCUUUGGCAAUUUAUCAAUCGUCACAGUCCAAAUCCCUACAUUAAAAUGUAUGAAUGGUUAAGUGUUUCCCCUCAUCAAAGAAAGUUAGGACCGUUCUAUACUGGUCCAAGUAAUCGCAAAGUUAGAUUAGUAUCUCAAACGAAAUCCAUGACGCAAACUCAUUACAGUUGUCCACCGUCAAUUGUAUCCACCUCUGUUGAAGGUUUCUUAUUUGAAAAUGGUCUGAAAGUUCAAAUUUCUCCAACUGCACCAAUUAGUCUUGCUGAGGAAUGCCGUACAUUAACACCUCAACUUGACCAUUCAGAUUACAAAUUGUUACAAUUUACCAUUAACAACACGCAAUUCGUACAAAAUGGCAUCAUUGCCAAACUGUCUGACUGUCCAGCACGACUAAAGCCUACACAAUUUGUGGAGUUUGGCUCUUUUCGGUCAGGUCAUCGUUUACAAUGGUGGAAUCUCUUGGCGGUGCUGGAAAUGGAUUCUAUAUCUAUUGCUGAAGAAAGUGUAGCCGUACUGCUCAUACAUUCAAUUUUACAAUAUGGUCCAGGUAAUCCCUUACUGCGAAGCUUAACCAGUAGUCCACUAUGUGAAACCUUGUCGAAUGCCUUACUGGAAUCCAAAGACGCUGCUAGUACCGGAUUUCCCUCAUUCAAACUAUUAGCAAUAAAAUCAACUAUUGAAAUUAGUUGA